UUACUGAUGAUGAUGAAAGCGAGAAUCAUCAGAAUCAGAAAAAAGGGAAAAGGGUGAUUAAAGAAAAGACUCCCAUCCCCACUGAUUCUGGCCUUGCUUCCCAACACGUAGCAUCUAACCAUAACGCCUGAAAUCCACCACUCCUCUAUUUAUUUCAAAACCACUUGGAUUAAACUCCCCCUCCGCUCCAUUCCACUCGCCCAAAACCAACACGCCUUCUUUGCCUCGUGUUUCAUCAGCUGGCGUUAAACUGCUUUCUUUAAAGCCUGCAAAAUGGGUGCCGGUGGUAGGAUGCUAGUUGACGGUAAAAAGGAGGAAAAACGAGGCUCGGUCAAUCGAGUUCCGAUCGAGAAGCCUCCGUUUACGCUCGGUCAGAUCAAGCAAGCCAUUCCGCCCCACUGUUUUCGCCGCUCCCUCCUUCGAUCCUUCUCCUACGUGGUCCAUGACCUAUGCUUAGCCUCUCUCUUUUACUACAUUGCAACAUCAUAUUUUCACUUUCUCCCACAACCCUUUUCCAACAUUGCUUGGCCUGUCUAUUGGGUUCUCCAAGGUUGCAUCCUCACUGGUGUUUGGGUCAUCGCACACGAGUGCGGUCACCACGCUUUCAGUGACUACCAAUGGGUUGACGACACCGUCGGGUUGAUCCUUCAUUCCGCCCUUUUAGUCCCGUACUUCUCGUGGAAAAUCAGUCACCGUCGUCACCACUCGAACACCGGUUCCAUGGAGCGUGACGAAGUAUUCGUGCCCAAACCCAAGUCUAAAUUAUCAUGCUUUGCGAAAUACUUAAACAAUCCACCCGGUCGAGUUCUAUCUCUUGUAGUCACAUUGACUCUUGGUUGGCCUAUGUACUUAGCCUUCAACGUUUCGGGUCGAUACUAUGAUCGAUUAGCUUCCCACUAUAACCCUUAUGGCCCCAUUUACACCGAUCGCGAGAGGCUACAAGUUUACAUCUCCGAUACUGGUAUAUUUGCGGUAAUUUAUGUACUUUAUAAGAUUGCUGCAACAAAAGGGCUGGCUUGGCUUUUAUGCACUUAUGGGGUGCCUCUACUUAUUGUGAAUGCCUUCCUUGUGUUGAUCACCUACUUGCAACAUACUCACUCGGCAUUGCCGCAUUAUGACUCGUCCGAAUGGGAUUGGUUGCGAGGAGCAUUGUCGACGAUGGAUCGAGAUUACGGGGUGUUGAACAAAGUGUUCCAUAACAUCACCGAUACGCAUGUUGCUCAUCACCUCUUCUCAACGAUGCCACAUUAUCAUGCAAUGGAGGCCACUAAAGCAAUCAAACCAAUACUCGGCAAGUAUUAUCCUUUCGACGGGACACCGAUUUACAAGGCAAUGUGGAGGGAGGCAAAAGAGUGCCUUUACGUUGAGCCUGACGUUGGUGGUGGUGGUGGUGGUAGCAAAGGUGUUUUUUGGUAUCGUAACAAGUUCUAAAGACCGACCAACUGCCUGAUAGCUGGCCGGCGAAAUCAACGUAAAACGUACUUAUUAGACUAGUGUUAACUAGGGAAGUUAAUAAUUAAUGGUAGGAAAAUGUGGAAUAGUUGCCUAGUAGUUUUAUGUAUUAAGUGUAGUAUUAAUAAACUAUAUGGUAGAAAAAAAAUGUGUAAGUGCUAUAAUGUUUUAUGGACGCUACUAAAAUAGAUCAAAGACAAUAAGUAGCAAUUAAAAGAGUAGAAAGACUAAA